GACCCUCAGCUUCUACAGUCCCAAUCUCACUCCCUCUCUCACACUCAAGCAUCUGGUAUAACCAUGUGGACUCGGGCCGGUGCACUGCUGCUCCUCGCCUGCUGUCUCUGGGCAGUGGAGGGACAGAAUGAGAAUGGCAACACGAGGGCAGGCAAUGGUGGUGCUGCUACUGCUGCUGCAGAGAACAGGAAGAGUGUCUGGGAGGACCCCAUCCAGUUCAACAACAAGGCAAAGGACUUCUGCACCAUGAGUGUCACCGGCCAGGGAAAUGUCACCCGGCUGAGGAUAUUGUGCCAGGGUGCCGAGAGAACAUACUGGUGCGAGUACACGGGUAAGCCCCAGAUGUGCCGUCCCUACAACAACAACCCUCACCACUAUUUCACCCAGAUCAUGUGGGUCCUGAGGAAACUCCAAAACGCCUGCCAGGCACCCAAAGCUAUCAAGCCUCAAAUGUGCAAGAGGGCACCGGAAGACGCACAGAUGGUGUUCUCUGCUUCCUCCACGCCAGAGGCCGCACCAGCAGCAAUCCCUGAAAAGCCAGAGAAAGCCCAAGAGCCAAACCAGGCAAAACCAGAGACCCCCAAGGUACCAUUCACCAAGCAGGCUAAGCCAGCCGCAACCAAGCCUGAAGCUAAAUCAGCAAGACCAGAGCAGGCAAGGCCGGAGCAAACUAAACCAGAGAAAGCCAGGCCAGAGCCAGCAAAACCAGAAGCAAGACCAGCACCUACAAAACCUGAAAAGGCCCGAACAGAAGCAAGACCAGCACCUACAAAGUCACUGCAAUCCAGACCUGAGCAGGCAAAACCAGCAGCAGCAAAACCAGCAGCUUCAAAACCAGCAGGCUCAAAACCAGCAGGCUCAAAACCAGUCAAGCCAGCAGUGAACAAGACAGCUGUUCUAAAAAAGCUUCUGACCCCCAAACCAACCGCUCUGAAACCAACCAAGCCCACUUUCAAGAGCAAUGCCAAACAGCUGGCACAAGAGUAUUGUUGGCGGUCACUGCAAGGCAUCUGUUCCUAUGUCAUUGAUUGGUUUCAGAACUAAUAAUGAAGAUUUAGAUUUCUUUUGAAGAUUACUUCAAAAGUCUGUCUAAAGAGGUGCUCAGAGUGGUUUUCCAGAAAAUGACUUUGAUAAAUGGUAGAAGAGAGUUCUAACACCCUCUUCGCGGAAAUGAUCAUGCUGACACUGCUGUCAAUCAAAGAACUUUCCAGCCUGCCAUUUCACCAUGAUUUGUGCACUGUAAUACAAAAAUCUACUUGUUUCAACAAAUUAUUAUUAAGUAACUAGUUACAUAGUCUUUUUUAGUUUACUGAACUUUUCAGUCCAAGUGUUACCUUGAGAAACAAAAAAAAUAGUUGGCCCAAACUUAGCUCCAACUCUAGAAAACUUGUCUCAUAUGUUCAUUCAACUAUAAAUUAUUUGUGAUACCUUAACUAAUAAAGGUGUGCAACUGGUUACA